UGGCGUGAGAGGACCGGGGCUGAGGUGACGGGGGAGGGACGGAGCGGGGGGGGGGGGGGGGGGCGGCACCGCCAUGAGCUCCCCCGGCGGGGCCUUCCCCCUGCACGCCCUCGUGUGGGACAACGACCACCGGCGGCUGGACCAGGAGCUGCACGGCCAGGAUGUUGAUCAACGUGAUCCACGAGGCCGGACCUUGUUGCACCUUGCUGUUUCCCUGGGUUACAUAGAAUCUGCCAAAGUUCUUCUUCAACACAAGGCAGAUGUAACUAAAGAGAACGCACAGGGAUGGACAGUCUUACAUGAAGCUGUCAGCACAGGAGAUCCGGAGAUGGUACAUAUGAUUCUGCAGCAUCGAGACUAUCAGCAGACCUCUAGGACGCUUGGAGGAGUUCCUGAAUUACUCCAAAAAAUUAAUGAGACUCCUGACUUUUAUGUGGAAAUGAAAUGGGAGUUUACUAGCUGGGUUCCGCUGGUUUCUAGGGUUUGUCCAAGUGAUGUCUGUCGCAUCUGGAAAAGUGGUGCCAAGCUGCGAGUUGACAUCACGUUGCUGGGAUUUGAAAAUAUGAGCUGGGAGAGGGGAAGGCGUAGCUUAAUUUUCAAGGGCGAAGAUACCGGAGGUUGGGCAGAACUAAUUGAGAUAAAUCACGAUGAUAAGUUCGUUACAACAGAGCGCUUUGAGAUUUCCCAACACAUGAAGCGUUUGACACUGGGAUCUAUGACUCCGAAAAGAAAAGAUGUGGAAAGACGCCUUACCUCUCCAAUUAUUAAUACGUGCCUUGAUACAAAAAAUAUUGCUUUUGAAAGAACCACCACUGGAUUCUGGGUAUGGAGGACGGAAAAAGCAGAAGGCGUAAAUGGUUACGAAGCAAAGGUGUACAUUGCAAACAACGUGAAUGUGGUCACAAAAAUCAGGACAGAACAUUUAACGGAAGAGGAAAAGAAAAGAUAUAAAGCUGACAGGAACCCUCUGGAAUCGUUUCUGGGUACAGUGGAGCAUGAGUAUGGUGCUCAGAGUACAGUCAAGACAACAGAGUAUGCCGCAAGUAACAACCCUACUGCUAUUACUCUGGAGGAAUACUUGGACCCAAACUUUGAUUUGAAAGGUAGAGAUAUAGGAAGACCGAAAGAAGUCACCAUUCGAACACAGAAAUUUAAAGCAACCUUAUGGAUGAGUGAAGAGUUUCCCUUGUCCCUUAUGGAACAAGUCACUCCGAUCAUUGACCUGAUGGCCAGAACUAGUGCUCAUUUUGCCAGGCUUAAGGAUUUCAUCACUCUGGAAUUUCCACCAGGAUUCCCUGUCAAAAUUGAAAUUCCCUUAUUUCAUGUGCUGAAUGCCCGAAUUACUUUUGAAAACGUCAAUGGCUGCAGGACAGCUGAGAAAACAUCACAGAUGGCUGGAGGUGCACAGUGUGAUUCAGGUGCUAAUUUCGAGGUUGACCAGUCAGUGUUUGAGAUCCCCAAAUCUUACCAUGUCCAAGAUGAUGGUAGGAACAUACACGUGCAGGAUGAAGAUAACGAGAUCAUGCAGUUUGCUAUUCAGCAGAGUUUGUUGGAAUCCAGUGGAAAUAAAGAAGUGGGGAUGCAUUCCAAUGGAGCAGUUGCAUAUCCACAGGACUUCAAUAUACAGUAUCAGAGGGCACUGCAGGAGAGCUAUCUAACAAGCACAGGUAAUCCAUGCUGCAGCACCCCUAGUGAACCAAACAGUUUUGAAAAAGACUUGCAGCUUGCCAUGGAGCUGUCUGUCCGAGAGCAGGAAGAACGGGAGAAGCAACGCCGUGAAGAGGAAGAUGCAGAGCUUCAGCAAGUUUUACGGCUUUCUCUCGUGGAAAAGUAACUCCUUAGUGAUCUCCUGAAAUAAGGAUGACCAAAUUUGUGUAAAACUGAAAGCUUUCAGAGCUCUCAGUCUGAAGACCACUCCUCGAUUGCUUAAGUAAAGAUUUCACCUGCCUUCUUAGUUAUCAUCAUCAUCAGCUACAACAGCUGUUCUUUAUUAUUAUUCUUAUUUUUGAGGGAGUUUCAGAACAUGGCCAUCUGCAUUUGGCUGCCCAACGGUGCAGCCUUAGCUAUGAAGUAAGUUUUUACCUACGCAUAUUUAUUGAAGAGCAGGUGGAAACUUUGCUUAGCAUCAGGAUUUAAGAUUGCAGUAAAGUUUGAAAACCUGAUUUAUGGGGAGUUCAAGAGGGAAACUUCAUUACUUACCAAAGAAAUACUCAUCUGCUUGGUCACUUCUGAAUAAUUCAAAGCCAUUGUCUCUUCCUUCCACUUGUUAUGUGGAGGAGUAUCUAUAUGCAUUUUCACACACGUACACCUACAGUAGCUUCUCAUGCUGACGGUAUACCAUGCUGACAGAUAUUUUCUGUUAGUUUUGUUUAUAUGUGAUUUUUUUCUUCUCUAGUUACCGAGAUUUUUAUCAUGUGCUCCUGCUUAAGAGGAAUAAUUUUAUACUUGAACAGCUAAUCCAAGCUCAAGAUUAAACCAGUGCUUUCUGAAAUAGGACAAAACAAGUAGCCAGUAAAAUUUUAGAUCCUAAAAUGGGACCAUCUGCCUAGUAAAGUAGCAGUUUCUGCAGUGAUUCAAAACCAGCUAGUUCCCAUAGUCAGAGGGCAGCAAGAAAAUAAGUGAUAGAUCCAGGUGCUUCUUGAGAUCACUCCGUGUGUGUGCAUGCGCAUGCGUGCGUGCCUGUAUAUGGGUGCUAACUUCAAAUAGGAGAAACUUCAGGUGAAAUUUUAAUGUAUACUUAUUGGAAGAUGAGUUUUAAUUUUGUCAUCUGAAAGGGAAAUGUGUGUUGCUUUUUAAAAUCCAAAUGCUUAUCCUUCAUGUGAAUACAUAUAUUUUUUUAUGAGUCUUUUUAUUGAUUUUAGAACAAGCCAAUAUGACUCCGCUCAUUGAAAUGGUAUUUUAACAAUUCCAAAAUACAUUUUAACCAGCUUUCCUCAGGUCUUUACACGUAGGGUAUAUUCGUAGCUAUUUUAUCUGCACUUCUGUCAGUGUUUACAGUACUUACGCUGUGACUCUCGAGUGCAUUCCACAAGUACACAAUGUCUGUACGUCCACAGGAAAGCCUUAUAGUAGUUACAUGUGAGCAAUACUCCUCAGUUCUGGCUGGCAGAAGGGUGAAAAACCUAUGGUACAUAUGGUCUGAUCUUUCUACCCAAUCCUGCACUUACUCCUUGAGCAAAACAGGGCAGUUCUGUGUGACCAACGAUUAACUAGUUUAAAAUCACUCUAAAAUAGACUUGAUCUUAACUAGGGAGAUGGUUGGUAACUUAGAACUCCAUUUUAAACCAAUAAUCCAUUGUUUUAUGUAGCGGGCAAUUAAAAUUCAGUGUACACUAGAACUGGUAUAUCUGCACCAUAUUUGUUUAAUGAUACAGCUUGCAACCAUAAAUAGCUUACUUGGUGUCUGCAGGAAUGCUGAAUGCGACUGUCUUGCACAGGGGCAGUGGUCUGUGUUGGAACCGCGUCUUUCUUUACAAAGAGGAUUACUGUGACUUUCUCAAUUGCAAAAGAGGGAAAAAGCCUUGCAUUGAGCUCUUGACAAAGUCACGAGGUAGAAGGUGAAAUUGUUUGUUUUCCUUCAGCGGAAAUAAAGAGUGCUGUUGCCUUUGUAAGA